ACAACGAUGAGGAGACACAGGGACUUUAGUUGCGAUUUGAUCGCGGACAACGAAGGAUCUUGAUGUGUUUAGCGUUAUAAUUUAAAAAGUCAAUAAUAGUGUGCACCAUUUCAUAUAAGAAACUCUUAUAUAUACAUAUAUAUACAUAACAUAAUUUUGAAAAGGAGAAACUUGAAACGAGACAUGGUUAAUGCAUAUGGAGGAGUACUGAUUGUAGCCGAUGUUUUAAUGUUAAUAAUAAAGAUAAUUUUUUAUCUUUUUGAAAGUAUUUAUCGAUUCUUCGUUCCCGUGGAGGAGAAAAGCGUCGCAGGAGAAAUUGUUCUGGUAACUGGAGCUGGUCAUGGAAUUGGAAAAGAAUUGGCACUGAGAUAUGCCAGUUUAGGAGCAACUGUUGUUUGCUGGGACAUAAAUGAACAAGGAAAUGAAGAAACAACAAAUGAAAUUAAAAAACAAGGAGCUGCAAGAGCAUACGCUUAUAAAUGCGAUGUAUCGAAUAGGGAGGAAGUUUUACAAACUGCGGAAAAAGUAAAAGAGGAAGUUGGUAAUGUAACAAUUCUUAUAAAUAAUGCAGGAAUAAUGCCUUGCCAUUCAUUUCUCACGCAUACUCAGGAAGAAAUUAAAAAGACAGUCGAUGUCAAUCUCAUGGCUCAUUUUUGGAUGCUGCAAGCCUUCUUGCCGAGUAUGAUUGAGAAAGAUCAUGGUCACGUGGUGGCAUUAUCAUCAAUGGCGGGAAUUGUUGGUCUUCCUAAUCUUGUGCCCUAUUGCGCAACAAAAUUCGCAGUCAGAGGAAUCAUGGAGUCUAUUAGUGAAGAAAUACGUCAAGCUAGUCCAAACAAAAUGACAAAUAUCAAAUUCACGACUAUUUAUCCUUACAUGGUAGACACAGGUCUUUGCAAAAAACCAAGAACGAGGUUCCCCAAUCUUUUGGCGUUGGUUCAGCCGAAGGAAGCUGCUAAUCAAAUAAUUACUGCACAAAGACGAAACGAAUUGGAAGCAACUAUUCCUAAUUAUUGGUUUACAGUUAAUACUGUUGUUAGGUGUCUACCAUAUAAAGCGGCAUUUCAAAUAAUGGAUUUUGUAGACAGUGGCCUUGAAGCAGACUGAUAAUAUAUUAUUAUAGAAUAAUAUUAAUAAUUUCGAAAAAAAAUAGUCCCUAAGCAAAGUUAAUUUACUAUUGAAUGUUGACCACUUGUACAUAAUGUGUUUUUCUCCGUAUGCGUUUGAAGAUUAAUUAAAAGCAAUAAUAAAAAAUUAAUGUUUGAUAUAGAAACAAAUAGAAUACGUUAAAUUAAAGUUUAACCAUUUUCUAUAAAACAUAUCGACUUUGCACAAUAUUAUAUUAUUAUAAAUAUAAAAAAAAAGCUGUGUAAAAAAAAUAUUUUUCCUUAGUAUAAUCGCUAUUGAAAAAAAAAAAAAAACUACGAUGAAUGACUGAAUGAGUGUUCAUUGGAAAAGUUUUAUACUUUUUUAAUGCAAUUUUUUUCUUCAAAAUAUUUUAAUUUUAAAAAUAUCAAAAAAAUGUGUUAAAUAAAAUUUGUUUUUUUUCAAUUUUUCUUUUUUGUGUAAAAUAUUCAAAAUAGUGUACACAAAAAAAUGCUUUAAAUGUAAAAGAAUGAUACUAUUUUAAGAUAAUUUAAUAAUUUAGAUUAUUAUAUUUAAAGUUUAAAGACCGCAGGAGUUGUAUUCUUACUUGUGAUUUUUAUUAUUCAUUCAAAAAAUUUUUAUAUUUUGCAAUAGGCACUUCAAAAAUAGUUAAAUAAAAAUAGAAUGUUAAAUAAUUCAAGCAAUAAUAAAAAAAACGAAUUCAAAUCAUUGAAAGAGUAUUCUUUUAUUAUUUUUCGUCUAUCAUUUAGGAAAUUAUUUUCAUUUUUACCUUAUUUUUACAAAACAAAUCUAAAGUGUCCUAAAAAGUUUUUUUUUUUUUUUUACAGAUAUAUUUUUUAUUAGAAAAUUAAGAAUAAAAAAAAUUUACGUUUUAUUUUUAGAUAUCCAAUUUUAAGAAACGACUUUUUGGACAAUGUUUCUUUUUUUUUUUUUUUUUUUUUCUUCUUAGGACAUUCACAUUCAGUCGGCUUAUAAAAUUAGAAUACAUAGUAUUCAAAAGACGUGAAGAUUUCAUUUGUACAAAAUAGUCAUUUUAUAUUCGACUCAUAAAAUGCGAAUAUAAAAUCACUUGAGUUUUGCUCGCUCGGAAAUCAUUUUAAACGAAGACGCGAGAGUUUAUCGUAAAAAAAUAUAUAUUGUACAAAUCUACUUGUAUUAAAAAAGUUUUACAAAAAAAAAAGCGUUGUAUUCAAAAUUAAAUAAAAAGCUAUUCAAUAUAAAGGCAUUGACUUAGUUAGCGGACUAUAAAUGUUUUUAUACUAUAUAUA